GUUGUGGUUUCUCGCCUAACGUUUUGGAUGGAAUUCAUAUUCAAGUGGAUUUUGAACCUUGUCGUCGAUGUUUCUUUCCAAAUUUAUGACGUCAUAUCUUACAGGUUUAAUUACCGAAGUGUGGUGCAGCCUGAGCAGGUUUGCCAUCGUGCCCUCAUUUUGAAUGGCGGUGUAUGGCGUUCUGAUUACCUUUUCUUUAUAUUAGGAGAAGAGGCCCUGCAACGGUUUCUGUGCGCAUCGAAAUGUCAAGACGCAUAUGGUGUUCUUGGGCUACAGGCUUCAUGCACAGAAGAAGAUGUCCGAAGGCAUUAUAAGAGGCUCAGUGCGCUUUUGAAUCCUGAAAAGAACAUGCUCGAAGGGGCGGAGGAAGCUUUCGAGUUGGUGGCCAAGGCAUAUCAAGCUAUCUCAACACCAGAGGCAAAAUUCUUGAUUGUUCAGCAUCACGACAUUGGCAAACUAUGGGAUCGUAUUCGUGAACGGGUGGAAGAAGCUCGUAAUUCCAUGUAUUGCGACUGUGGUCGUCGGCAUUCCAGAAUUGCGCUCGACAUUCGUCCAAACGAAGCACGUUACUGCCGUCGCUGCAAAACACGUCAUCCAGCAAGAGCGAACGAUAUCUGGGUGGAAACCCGCCUCUGCGGACUUUUUUGGGUAUACUUUACGUGCUGCGAUGGAAUAGUGUACGAUAUAACCGAUUGGGCAACUUGUGAGGUGAAUUACUUAAAACAUGUUCGACCAAAUUCACACACUGUGCAGUAUCGUCUUGUUUCUCCUGGUCGUUCAACAAGCGAUGUUCCAUCACAGAAGCAUCAUAAUGAGAAGUUGCGAGAGCUAGCCGAUAUAAAAGAUUUAGGCCGUCCUGGACAUGCACAGGUAUCGUACUUGCCGUUAGAGCCGAGAGAUGAGGACCGUUCCCGUCGUGCAGCAAAUCGUCGCCAAAAGAAGUGGCGUUAA